UAUGAUAAAGAAGACUGACGGUUUAAAAAGAAAUAAAAAGUUGUUCCAUAAUAGUAAACCCUAAUUACAAUCGCAAAUGUUGAUGGCAGGCGAGAGCUCCACCGCCGCUGCUUUAAGAGUCCGUAGGUGCCGCCGCAAAGGUCUUCGUCGCAGCCCCACGAAAAUCAAAGAAGCAGUACUAGACUUAAUAAGCUCUUUACCUGAUGAUAUCCUACAACAUAUCCUCUCCUUUAUUCAGACCAAAAUCGCCAUCAAAACUUCCCUCUUGUCAAAACGAUGGAGGCAUGUAUGGUGUGGUACACCUUCUCUAUCAUUUUAUUGUAAUAGAGUGGAGGCUCCUUUUAUAAAUAAAACCCUAACUCGCUAUACAUCUUCCAAGAUGAUGAGUUUUAAGCUCCAUUCGAACUUGUCCGAAAAUGUUCCCCACCUUGACAGUUGGAUCGAGUUCCUCAUGUCACGUAACGUGGAGAAUCUGUCUAUGACUUUAUGGCAUGAUGAGUACAAGUUUCCUGAUUUCUUCUACAUCAAUUCUUCUGUCAAGCAACUCUUUGUGGAGUUAGACUGCGCUGAUAUGAGGAUUCCAACAUGCUCCGUGUCUUGGACAUCUCUGAAGAAGCUGACUUUGCGUAAAUGCCGUCUCUCUGAUGACUAAGAUUCUCUCUGGUUGUCCCAUUCUCGAGAGCUUAACACUGUGUUCCUGCGAUUCACUUGAGGUUCUUGAUCUCAGUAAAUCGAUGCGUCUGAG